AAAGCCACGCGCAAACAUGGCAAACGCUUCGCGCCUUCAGGUCGUAGAUGCCGUUCAAAGCUGUCUCACCUCGGACAAAUACUCUGAUCUCACUAUCAAGUGUCGAGAUGACGUCUACAAAGUCCACAAGGUAAUUGUGUGCACACGCGCCGGCUUCUUCGCUGGAGCUAUGAGAUUCGGUGGCCAGCAGGGAGCUCAACAUGAUGUGGUCGAUCUCUCUAAGGACGAGCCCAAAGUCAUCGCAUCACUCGUACAGUACCUUUACUCCGGCGAGUACGGUAACGACUUCUACAGUGUCACGGAAAUCGACCAUGCGGAACCGCUCAGCGCUUCGCAGAUAAUCAUCGCGCGAGGCGAGGGAUACAGCGCUGUCCAUCAACGCAGCUAUACGUAUGCAUUCCCCCCACACUUGCCUGCAGUCAUGUUCAUCAAUCUCGGGGGCGUUGGAUGCAAAAUGGGUUUUACAUGCUGCAAGGCGCGAGGUCCACCUUCUCAACUCCUCGACCACUCAAAGAUGUACGCAAUCACCGAUAAGUACGUCGUCACUGGCCUCAAAGAGCUGGCCUGCAAAAGCUUCCGGCGUGCUUGCGGUUACUUCUGGAACAGUGACGCUUUCGCCACUGCCAUCGACCAUGCCUUCUCUUCCACUGUUUCCAAGGACACCGACUUACGGAGCAUCAUCAUUCAGACCAUCUCUACGCACAUGGCUAUUGUCAAGAAGCCAGAGAUACAGGCGUUGGUCUUGAAGCACGGCGAUCUGGCGAUCGGUAUACUACUGAAGAAGAUGGGCUAGACCAGCUGCGAACACAACAAACCGAUGACAGGUAUCCUCUAAACUCACUAUUGAGAAAUUGGACUUCCCAGACAAAAGCUCGGAUGCAGAUUGAUGUUCAGAAAAGCAUACCAUGGUUACAGUGGGA